AUGAAGGAAGAUGAUAAGCACGUGUUGAUUGUUGUGGCGCAGGGAGUGGUUCCGGUGCUCGUGCGUCUACUAGAUUCCACCUCUACAUCUGAAAUCAAAGAGAAAACUAUAACCGUCAUUGCUAGGGUUUCAACUGUCGAUUCAAGCAAACACGUGUUAAUCGUUGAAGGUCUGUUGCUCCUCCAUCCUCUUCUUCGUGUACUUGAAUCCACACCCGGAUUCGCUAAGGAAAAAGCGUGUGUUGUGCUUCAUUCAUUAUCGUUCACGAAGGAAAACGCAAGAGCCAUUGGAUCACGAGGUGGAAUUUCAUCGUUGUUGGAGAUUUGUGAAGCUGGAACACCUAAUUCGCAAGCUAUCGCAGCCAGUGUGCUGCGAAAUCUAGCGAGUUUCGCAGAUACUGGAAACAAUUUCAUCGAAGUAGAUGCGAUUUCGGUUCUGCUAACCCUAGCUAGCUCAGGAACUGUGUUAACACACGAGUAUUCGAUUGCUUGUUUGAGAAAAAUACACAAGAGUUCAGAUAUUAUUAAAAUUAACCCUACCUAUGAAUUAUAA